AUCAUUUCCAUUUCCCAAACGCCUGAAGCCGUCCGUCACUGUGCUCGUCGCGGUCGCACCAAGCUGCACCCGAAGCCACCCAUCACAACAACAACCCACGAUCUCGCCGUCCGUCCUACCCCUAGCCGCCGCGGCUCCGGGUUCACGUGGACCGGCUGCGUACGGCGCAGCUGACCGGCAGCUAAGCCGCCGGCGCCACCCAAUAUUCUAGUACUAGUCGCGGUUACGCCGGUCGGUCGCUAUCCGCUCUGUGGCUGGCAGCGGCGCCACCCACCUCCUCGCGCCGCUCGUGCGCAGCGAAAACUCUCGGCCAGAGGGAAGUCAACACACGACUUGGCCGGUAGCAGCCAGCCAGCAGGGAGGAGGAGGAGGAGGAGAGGAAGGGAGGGUGGUGGGCGGGGAGUCGCCGCUCGCGCUCGGAGAUCGCCGAGAGAUCGCUCUCGCCCUCGCUCAAAGAUCGUUUAUUUAUACACCCAUCGCCGCCCCCGCCCCCCGCCUGGAUCUGGAUCUCACCGCAUCUCCCACCUGCCCCCGCCCCUGCCACGUCCCUUCCUCCGCGGACCUGCCGCUGUCGCCGUCGCCGUCGCCUGACCCAGCCAUGGGUGCCGCCACCGCGGGCCAGCAGGCGGGAGGGACCCCGGACAAGCUCCGGCACGUCGAGUCCAUGUCCGAGCUGCCAUCCGGCGCCGGCACCAUCUCCGGGAUCAACGCCGUCGUGCUCGGCGAGUCGCUCGCCGACGAGGAGCACGACCUCGUCUUCCCCAGCCCCGAGUUCUCCGCCUCCGCCCUCGUCUCCUCCCCCAAGCAGUACAAGGAGAUGUACGAGAGGUCCAUCAAGGACCCGGCCGGGUUCUGGUCGGAGAUCGCCGACGCCUUCUACUGGAAGGAGAAGUGGAACCCCAGCGAGGUCUGCUCCGAGAACCUCGACGCCAGCAAGGGCCCCGUCCACAUCAGUUGGUUCAAAGGUGGCAAAACCAACAUAUGUUACAAUGCCGUCGACCGCAACGUCGAGGCUGGGAACGGGGACAAGAUUGCACUGUACUGGGAGGGCAACGAGCCCGGUCAGGACGGGAAGCUCACCUAUUCUGAGCUCCUGGAGAAGGUUUGCCAGCUUGCCAAUUACUUGAAGAGUGUUGGGGUCGGCAAGGGGGAUGCCGUGGUGAUCUACCUACCGAUGUUGCUGGAGCUUCCCAUUGCCAUGCUUGCAUGUGCCCGUAUCGGUGCUGUCCAUUCGGUUGUGUUUGCUGGCUUCUCUGCGGAUUCUCUAGCCCAAAGGAUCGUUGAUUGCAAGCCUAAGCUUGUGCUCACUUGCAAUGCUGUGAAAAGGGGCCCCAAGCCCAUUCUUCUCAAAGAUAUAGUGGAUGCUGCUCUGGUGGAAAGCGAGAAGAAUGGAUUCUCUGUAGGUAUUUGUUUGACAUAUGAAAAUCAGUCAGUAAUGAAGAGGCAAGACACAAAAUGGCAAGCGGGAAGGGAUGUUUGGUGGCAGGAUGUUGUGACCAAUUUUCCUACCAAGUGCGAUGUGGAAUGGGUGGAUGCGGAGGAUCCAUUGUUUCUUUUGUACACAAGUGGCAGCACUGGAAAACCAAAGGGUGUUAUGCAUACUUCUGGGGGCUAUAUGGUGUAUACUGCAACAACAUUUAAGUAUGCAUUUGAUUACAAGCCAACAGACAUAUACUGGUGCACUGCGGACUGUGGCUGGAUUACCGGACAUAGCUAUGUAACAUAUGGCCCACUCCUGAAUGGAGCUGCAGUUCUUGUUUUUGAAGGGACUCCGAACUACCCUGAUGCUGGUCGGUGCUGGGAGAUUGUGGACAAAUACAAGGUGUCGAUAUUUUAUACCGCGCCAACACUCGUCCGGUCACUAAUGCGCGAUGGUAAUGAGUAUGUUACACGCUACUCUCGAAAAUCUCUCCGAGUCCUGGGAAGCGUUGGUGAGCCAAUUAAUCCUAGUGCAUGGAGAUGGUUCUACAAUGUUGUUGGGGAUUCACAGUGCCCCAUAUCAGACACUUGGUGGCAGACUGAAACUGGUGGGUUCAUGAUGACUCCUUUACCUGGUGCCUGGCCUCAGAAACCAGGGUCUGCAACAUUUCCUUUCUUUGGUGUGCAGCCGGUCAUUGUUGACGAGAAAGGUCAGGAGAUCGAAGGAGAAUGUAGCGGAUAUCUUUGCAUUAAAAAAUCAUGGCCUGGGGCUUUCCGGACCCUCUAUGGAGAUCAUGACAGAUAUGAGACCACAUACUUCAAGCCAUUUGCUGGUUACUAUUUUACUGGUGAUGGUUGCAGCAGGGACAAAGAUGGUUACCACUGGCUUACUGGAAGAGUAGAUGAUGUUAUCAACGUCAGCGGUCAUCGAAUCGGCACAGCAGAGGUGGAGUCUGCUUUGGUUUCGCAUCCACAGUGUGCAGAGGCUGCUGUUGUUGGUGUUGAGCAUGAGGUCAAAGGUCAGGGAAUAUACGCUUUUGUAACUUUGGUGGAUGGCGUUCCUUACAGUGAAGAACUACGAAAGAGUCUCAUAACAAAAGUCCGCACUCAGAUCGGGGCAUUUGCAGCUCCAGACAGGAUCCACUGGGCGCCGGGGCUCCCCAAGACCCGCAGCGGCAAGAUCAUGCGCCGGAUCCUGCGCAAAAUCGCGGCGAAGCAGCUGGACGAGCUCGGUGAUAUAAGCACACUAGCCGACCCCGGCGUCGUCGACCAGCUGAUCGCGCUCAAAGAUUGCUAGGAUGUAAAGUAAAGCGGUUAGAUGGCGGACGAUGGGCUUCCACUGCUGCCCCUCCAUGGUUGAGUGUUCUUUGAUUCCUAUGUGGUUAUGUGGUUGGUAUAGAAUGCUGAUUUUCGUGUCAUCCUCUGGUAGUCUGGUCUCCUUUUACUCUGCGCAAGUUUUUACUGAGGCCAGUGAACUGAAGGCGAGGUGUAAUGCUCCACUUCUGUAAAACUUGUGUACCACAGACGUGUCCAGGGAGCUCCGUGAUUGUAUUGAUUGUCCGAAUAAAUAUAAGUAUAUGCUAAUAAAGAAAAUGUCGACCGUGUU